CUUCUUUACAAUUAUCUGAAAAUUAUGGUGAAACUGUGAAUAUUUGUGAAACAUACAGUUUUUACUCUACACAUUUCUGUUUUUUCCAGUUUUUUGUAAUUUUUUAACCUUAAAAAUUUUCAAUGUUUUAUUGUUAAUUAUUUUAGCCUGAAUUUUGCGAUUUUUGGAUUUUUUAAUUUUCUCAUUUACCUUACUAGACAAUUUUGGAUAAUUUACUAUCUUUUAAAAUAAAAUAAUGGCAGUAUAUGGAUUUAAUUCACCGAAUGUGCAAGGUGUAAGUACACCUUUAUCUGGUUUGUCUCAUUCGCCCCUGUCUGCUAGGCAACAAUCACCUGUUACUAGUUACGUUGUUCCAGGUGGUUCACCUGUUAAGGUUGUCUCAAGCCCUAACGUAUCAAAAAGUGUAGGGUCUGGAUUUUCACAAACCUCGGGUGUUUUACCCCAAAAUUCACAGGAAACGAGGGAAAUUUCAACAGUUUAUCUACCUCCAAUACGGUACAGAUAUGACAAUGUCACAGGUACUUUGGUCCAGGUUAGUGAUCAAUCACAGAAUGCUAACUUUCCAAGUGGCUCCAAUGUACAGUCACCUUCUGGACCAUUUCCACCUAACUUUAGUCCUCCACUCAGUUCAUUCUCGCCCACAUUUAACAGUAAUUUAUCGCAUUUCCUCAAUUCCAAUCCGUUAAAUCAGACAAACCAGUUUAAUUUUCAGAAUCAGCUAAACCAGAUGAAUGGGCAAAAAGGUAUGAAUUCAUUUUUGAAUCAACCUAUGGGUGGUCCAAAUAGAGUCCCAACACCAAGAAAUGAAGCCUUUAAAUUUCCAAACUUCUCACCUCCAAAUUUCAACAAACCGGUUCAAACUCAGUUUAGUCAACCUAGUGGGCCUCAAUUUAACAGUUUUCAACCAAGUGGAAGCCAGUUUGACCCUGGACUAUUUAAUAAUUCUCAGUUUAGUGGAGCACAGUUUAAGCCCCCCUUUCAAAAUUCACCUCAGUUUAACCAACCAGCUGGACCACAAUUCAAUCAGCCUCCAAGUGGUCUAUUUGGAAACUACAACCACUCAGUUCCCACCUUUGGGAAUGUCCAAAAUCCAUUGAAUACCAGGACACCCGGUGGGGGUAACUUCCACCGAUAUGGAAAUCACUUGUACAUGGAUACUCCAAGAGCUAGAUACGAAGCGGCUGUCAAGGAUUACUAUGACAGGAUGAAUAAUUAUAACAGUUAUCCAACUUUUGGAGGCUAUAAUCCUAAUCCUGGAGGUUUUAACCCUAACUUAAAUGGGUUUAAUCCUAAUUUUAACAGCCAAGGGUAUAACGGGUUUACCCCGAAUAACUUCAAUGGGACGGAGAAUAGUCCUAUUGGAUUUUCAAAGGCGUUUUCAAAGUUUGAGGACGUUGCUACGAAGUUGUUCACAAACAGUGAUUCGUUAGUUUCCGACAUCAAAAACGCAGCGUUUAAGAUUUUUAACGCAAACUCGCCAGAUUACAUGAGGGCGGUAGUAUUUAAGCUGGAUAGACUUGAAAACGUCCCUGUUAACCCAAAUUCUGUUUCAAAGCUAACCUUCAGUGUUGUGGCUUAUUUUGAUGUUGAUACUGAGAACUACAACAUACAUAAAUCAGAACAACAGUGGGCACUACCCACGGAGACUCAAGGGCUUGUAAACUGCGAUUUAAAAGGGGAAUCUAUUAAAAUUCCCUGGAAAGGAGAGGAAUUUGUGUUUCUAAAAAUACUGGAACAUGUUGGAUACAACAGAUUUGUGUUAGGAAGAUUACAACUCAAACUCGAUACUCUGGUUACUGGGCACCCCUUGAAGGUUACAAUAAUUGGAGAUGACGGAAAGAAUAAAGGCUCAGCAAUACUGGAAUUUGGAAUUGGAGCAGUCUCACUUGAAGAAUUUAACCAGAUGAAUAUGCAGUCCAACAACACCAACGGGGAUUACACUCCAAUGCAUAAUAUGACGAGGAGAGAUCAUGGAAGGGCAAACGGGAACUUUAUGGAUAAGAAUGAGGAGUGGAAGCAGACUAAACUGAGAAACAAGUAUCCUAAAAAAGUAAGUUUAUAUAAAUAA